AUGUAUGUUACCCCUACGCAGGGGACCCCCCAGGACUACCUCCAAACUUAUGUUAUUCUCCCUGUCGAUCACACAUCGCGCACGCCGCCCCUCGCUGUGGGUGUGGAGCUGACGGAGGGUUUUGUGUCCAAGGCCACCAAGCUGCCCAAACUGCUCAACAUCCCUAUCCCGAUCGGACCCACGGAGACCUUCAGCUACUCUGCAUUUGAACAGCCGGCAGCUUUCUUCCCGAUGGUGGGCACCAACCCCUUCGGGUUUGUAUACUGGUCGUACGCAUUCAACGGCCACCCUGGAGUCGGCAUCUACGACGUACCACACUUCGAUUUCCACUUCAUGUUCCCGUCGUACGAUUACUGGUGGAACCAGGAGUGGAAUGUGAACAGUCACGGGCCCUGCAUGGGCGGCAGUAAUGCAACCUUCUUCAAGACCUUCAAGCCGAUCCCAUCUUGCUGCUGGCCAGGAAGCACACUAGGCCCUAUCAUUCAAGCGGGGGACUUCGUUUGGGGGAUGGGCUCGCACUUGUGGGACACGUCUGCAGCCGAGUACAAUCCUGUGCGCCGGUUCAACUUUACCCAUAUCUACGGACAGUACGACGGCAAGAUUCAGUUUUUCGAGAGCAUGGUUACGGUGUCCACUAUGCAGAGGCCCCGGGGCUACCAGGAGUGCAUCACACUAACAAACAAUCCGAGGGUCAUGGACGAGGCGCGGCACAUUCCCAGCCGCCUCUGCGUUGUUCACAGCGCCAAGAGCAUCCUGGUUGAGUACCGGAACUUCGCACCGGUUCUGGGGGGCUGUACAAACACCUGCGGCGGUCAAUUCGCGGGCUCCUACCCUAGUACCGCACCCAUGUUGCCCCCGGAGCUGUGUUCCGUUCCAGCUUGAUUAUAAUACAGACGUACGGACUGGUUACAUGUACGGCAAUAGUGCAGGAUGCCCGGCAGCUGGGAACGCUGGGUCAGCUCGCUCCGGGUGGCUGCGGGCCGCGGUUGUGCGGUUGGCAAGGGCAGGUGUCGCGGCGCGCAUGUUUAACCCGGCACUGCUGGCUCCUUGCUUGUGGCGAUUAUUGGAUGUUUUCACGAGCCUAUCUCGCAGGUUCGGCCGGAUUUCCUUAAAAAAACAUUACGAAGCAAGACAGGGCGAAAUGUUUCAUGUUCGUUGCAGCUAAGUUGUUGUGAGUACCGUUUCUUUGCAGUCUGGUUG